AUGUCUCAAGAUUCUCGGAACUUGCAAGUUAGUGUUAGAGGAUUACCUUUCGAAUGUAGCGACGAGGAACUGAAAGCAUUCUUUGAUAGUCAGUUUUUUUCUUUUUUGUUUAACUAACAAUAAAUAAUUCAGACAAUGGAAUAGAAAGUGUGGAAAUCGAAAGAAGAAAUGGAAAAGCGUCGGGAGAUGGAGUUAUCACUUUCAUCGAUGAAGAUUUUGUGAAAGAUGCUCUGAAAAAGAACAAACAAAUGCUGAAACAUCGAUAUAUUGAAGUGUUUUUGGAUGAUAAUCGAGAUAGAUUUGAGAGAAGAAGAGGGAGAUAUAAUGAUGAUCGGGAACCAAGAAGAGAUGAUCGAAGAAGAGAUGAUUGGGGUGGUGAUAGAAAUCGAGAAAGACAUCAACCAUUUGAUAGAUAUCCUCAACCUGUUCAACAAUCACAACAAUAUUCAAAUGGUCCUAGAGAUCCUUUUGGUGGUGGAUAUUCAAAUGGUCCAACUGAAUAUGAUGGAAAAGUUGUCCGGCUUCGAGGAGUUCCAUUUAGUGUUUCGGUUUCAGAUGUUCUUGAUUUCUUCUCUCCUCUCGAUGUUGUUAGGGUAAAUACUUCAGUUUUCUUCCCCUGGUUCACUCAAUUAUUUGUGAAAAUGAUUUCAGGAUGGAGUUUUGUUGCCGGAUCAACGAACUGUUGUCACUUCUGGCGAUGCUUUUGUGGUUUUCGCCGAUAUUGAGAGUUGUGAACGAGCAAAAGAUCGACAUAUGCAACACAUGGGACAUCGAUAUAUCGAAGUUUUUGAAGCAACAUACAGUGAACUUGUCAAAUUCUGCUCAAAACAUAAUCUUCGUGUUCCACCAAUGACGAAUCUUCAACAAACAAUUAGUUUACAACAGCCAUCUCAUAAUGAUCAAUAUUCAAUUCAACCACAAUAUUCUGCACCACCUUAUAAUGGUCCAUCUGAUCCUUAUCCAUCUUCAUAUUCUUCUUCUUCAAGAGGUCCUCCACUUCCUUAUAAUGGGCCAGCAAUUGAUUCAUAUGAUAAUCGAUAUCCGCCAGCGCAACCACCAAAACCAGUUGAUGAAUAUAGAUAUGAGGCGAAAGCUCCAGUUGGAUUUUAUGAUGCUUAUGUUCCACCAGCGGUUUAUGAUUCUUAUCCAUCAUCGGAUUCAAGAAAUGAUCCGAGAUAUUCGAGACCUGAUCCUAGAAUUGAUCCCAGAUCUGAUCCAAGAUCGGAUAUGAGAGGACCCCCAAGAAAUGAUCCAAGAAUGGAUUCGAGGUUAGUGAAUUAUCAUAGGAAUAGGUAUGGUACUGAGUUGGAGAAUCGUAAAGGGUUUCAGAAGGAAAUUGUUGUGGUAGGUAAUCAUUUGGAGAAGGUUGGCAUAUAAAAAAUAAGUCCCGAAAACUGCAUUUGGCCAAAUGGAGAUAUUUCAGUAAAGAAAAAAGGUUCACACAGAAAAAUCAAUUUUCUCACUGAAAACUGGCUUUUGGAACGUUUUUAUUGCCUUGCAAUUCCAAAAGUCUUGAAAUGGUAUGGUACUGUGAAAACGAGCUGUGAUGUGGCAAUUUGUAAAAUGAUUUUAUUUGAAAUGGUUUUUGGAUCUUUGAAACGUGAACUUAUUAAUAAUUUUGGAAAGUGACGUUGUUAUUUUCAUUUCACAAAAAAAAUGAUUUUUAGUCACGUGAGAAAAUGAUUUAUUUAUUUAUUUAUUUAUUUAUUUACGAUGAGAGGAAAAGUACAUCGUGAGAAAAAAGUGAUAAAAUGAAUAGCAAUAUCACGGGUGCGGUGAUCACAAUUUAACCAGUAGGGUUUGAUUUUUAAGAAUUAUUUACAUUAUGAUGGCGGUGAGAAAGAAGAAAAAAAGGAAAAAAUAAUAAUAGGGGGGGGUGGGAAUAGGAAAAAAAAAGAAAGUUAGAAAGAAAAACAAAAAGAGAAACCGUAUAAAAAGAAAGGGAAUGACACAUUGGUUUGACUGUUUUGGAGUGGUACUAGAUCUUGGAAUUUGCACAAAAAUUUUUAUAAUGAAUUAAUGGCUUUAAUUUGAGUAUUGAUUGUGAGACACAAAGGUUUUUCCUCUUGUUUUUAGAAGGAUUAAAAUUAAAAUUAAAAUUAAAAUUUAGAAUUUAAUUUUAUCAAGAUUCGGAUCAGUGGUUAGAAGCUCUAGUAAUAGUAUCCAGAAACUCAUCUGAAUAUUGUCUGAUGCCUUUAAUAAACUCCGGGAUUACUCUCAUGGAAAAAAGUUUUUUCGGAUUUUCUUUUUGGGGACUUUGAAUAAAAGAUUUAGGCGAGAUCUAGAUGAGGUUUUCUGAAUUUGAAAGAGGGGUUUAUAAUUUACUUUAGAUUUACCCGAAAGAAUGUCUUCAAGCAUACGGAGAUCAAAUCUUCUCCUCCUGUCACUCAACUUCUCCAACUCAAACACAUCCAACCUCUCCUCAUAAGUAAGAUAGCCUGGAUCUCGGUAAUUGAUGAAUUUACCGGUCACUCUACCAUAUAAUUUUCUCGUGAAGUUACGCUGCACUUUCUCUAUCAUAUCCGAGGUGGAUUUAUCAGGAGGGGAAGUGACAACGCAACCAUAUUCGAGAAUUGAGCGAAUAUGUGUUUUAUAUAGGGAUAAGUAUAAUUUUGGAUUUUUGGUAGUGAAUGACUUAAAAAGAAGAUAUAAAAGGGAAUUAGAUUUUUUUGUGAAUGUAGUCCAGUGGUCACUAAAAUCCAAAUUCUCAGAGAUAUAAAAACCGAGAUCUCUCAAAUGAUAUUUGAAAAUGUCAGAAUCAUCAACUACGUCAAAGGUUUGAAAAGGUUUUCGUGAAUAAAAAGGGCUUGUGGAUUUCAAGUUGAAGAUGAAGUAAUUGAAUCUGAAUUUUUCUACAUGGAAAUAUGAGAUUUUUGGGUCGAAAACUCUACAAUUUAACCAUACAUGAUUUAUUAGAAUUUGGGCUGGUGCUCUCAAAAAGUUAUUUUGCAUGACGUGAUAGUUUCGGUAUUAUUUUAUAGUUUCAAAAUGGUUUUUAGAUAUUCGGAUUAUGGUCCACCGGCUUACGAACCACGAGAAGUUUAUGAUUCAAAUUGGCGAACUGGAAGUAUUGGUAGUGGUGGAGGAGGCGGUCCUCCACCUUCUAAUGGUUUUUCUCAACAUUCUUGGGAUCCACGUGAUCGAUCAGUUGGUGAUCGACGAGAUUUGUAUUCUUCUUAUCCGGGGGAACGGUAUGAUCAAAGAGAAGGUAAGAUUAUUUGAUUGGAAAAAGUUGGUUGUGUGUGAAAAAUAGGGAGGAGGGAGGAAAGAAAUGUUGGAAAAAUAAGAAUAAGAAUUUGAGAUUUGUUAAGGUCAAUUGCAAAUUGUGGAAGAUAGACACAGAAUAAUGUGAAAAAUGAGGUUAAAAAUAGCUCGGUGAAAUCGAGGACUACAAUUUUAGUUUUAAUUUGAAAUGGGUUCAUCUUUUUCACUCAAUCUACAGAAAUUUUCGGGUUAUAGGCAUAGUUUGGAGAACUUAUCUGGAAUUUUAGGUGGACAUGGUGAACAUUUAAUAAAGAAAUUUAACAGGAAAAUGAGAGAAAAGUUAUUGUCAUCUAUGGAAAAGGGUUCGAGAAGAUCACUGCACAAAGAUAUUCAGAUGAUCCACAAUCUGAUAGAUAUAUUUUUCGAACAGUUUAGAUGUGCUACAAAAUAUUAAUUUUGAAUUCCAUGGGAAAGAACUGGGUGUAUUUUACAUCCCAAAAAUUUCCCCAGAUUAUUUGAGACAUGACACAAUCGUGGGAUGAUUCUAUAAUCGACGAAAUUUAACGGGAAAAAGAGACAUUUGGAGAAAGUUAUUUUGAUCUACUCUGAGAAAUUUCAAAAAGUUUGAGGCUUUGAGAUUUGUUGAAGUCAAUUGCAAACUGUGGACGAUAGACACUGAAAAAUGUGAAAAAUAAGAUUAAGAAUAACUUCGGUGAAAUCAAGGACUAAAAUUUUUAGUUUUAAUUUGAAAUUGGUUCAUCUUUUUCACUCAAUCUACAGAAAUUUUCUGAUUUUUCACAUGGAAAUAGUUUCAAUCGUAGCCAUCAACCCAAUCCCACUAAAUUCCGAAAUAAAAUAUUUUUGUAGCCGUUGGUGGUCCAAUGCGAAGACCAGAUUAUCGGCGAGAUGAUCGAUAUCCACCAAGACAUGAUCCUUAUUCGUAAGUUUAAUUUUUUUCAUUUUCAAAAAAAAUUAUCUUCAAUUUUUGUUUUCAGAAGACAUCAUGAUCCUUAUCAUCAACAACAAGAAAGAGGUCAUUUUGUGUUGAAAAUGAGAGGAAUCCCUUUCAGAUCAACUGAAAAUGAUGUGGUUGAUGUAAGUAAAUGUUCAACUCUAAUAUGAGCAAUCAUUCAUUGUUUUAGUGGUUCUCACCGGCUCGCCCAAAUCGUGUCGAAUUAUUGCGUGAUGGAAUCGGAAGACCGAAUGGAGAUGUGAGUUUUUUAACUAAUUUUGAAAUGAAAAACCUGAAAUUAAUUGUAGGCUCGAGUUAUAUUCCACGAUCGUAAAGAUUAUGAUCAAGCGCUUCUCAAAGACAAACAAUAUAUGGGUUAGUUUUUUGUUGUGAUUUUUCAAAAAAAAAAAGAAUAAUUUUUGCAGGAGAGCGAUACAUCGAAAUGAUACCAGAUAAUGGAAGAUAUUAA